AUGACUGUUGGCCAGGCAGAAAGCUUUUCUCAAAUAACGAAUGACGAACUUGACAAUCUUAUUAAAGAUAUCCUAACAAUAACGCCGCAGUCUGGGCUUGGUUUAAUCCGAGGUGCUUUGAGAUCUAGAGGUUUAUUAGUGCAAAGACAUCGCGUAAUUUCUGCCUUGCAGAGAUUAGAUCCAGUGACAUCUGCCUUGAGAAUGUCCAGAAUGAUUAUUCGGAGAAAAUAUAAUGUUCCUUGUCCUAAUGUUUUAUGGUAAGUGUAAGGUUUAAAGGUUAUGCAUAAUCUCGUCACAAGGCAUCAAGCCCGUGAGGAAUGCCAAAAGAUGGCAUGCAUAUUCCUCGCGGAAACAUCGCCAACAGCUGACCAUAGAAAAUUACCCUUUGUCUAUUAUAAGAACAAAAUAUCAAUAACUAUGUGUGACAUUUCUAAGGGGAGUGGGGUAGGGGUCUCCAGAGAAACAUCUAUAUCACGUUUCUCAUGAACAAAAUCGAUAUGUGAUGCUUCCCUAACACUACUAACCAACUAAAAUUGAUUAUUAAGGGAUGGUGAAAGCUUUGCAGCAACAAGCUUUCAUGAUUAGAGAAAGGUGUGCAGGGGGGGGGCACCACAAGGCUUCAACUUUGUUUGCAGGUGGGUGGAAGACAGGGCCCUGCCACUCCAAUGAUUUUGUUAGUGGUCAGGAGCUGUUCCUCUCGAUAAUAUAUAUUUAGAAACCUCCAAAAACUUCCCAUGAGUACUAAAUACAAAAUCAACUGUAUUGAUGGUCAUGUUAUUUGCUUUGUUUUCUUUAAAUUAUAAACUUUUAAAUCGGCUAGUGGUGAAGCAAGCUCUUAGCUAGAAGACUGUCUUGGCCGUGUUACCACGGACAUAAAUUAGAAAAUAUGGCAAAGCAAAAAGCCCACAGCUUGGUCAUUUACAUUAAACUGCAUAGUUUGUGAUAUUGAAUGUUUUUGCUUCUAUAAAUAGGCAUAUAGAUGGUGAUCACAAGCUUGUGCAGCCAUUUAGAUUUGUGAUUCAUGGUGGAAUCGAUGGCUAUUCACGUCUACUGGUCUAUAUUGGAGUUGCAAAUAACAAUAGGGCAGCUACUGUUCUCAAUCUAUUUAGAGAAGCCACCAGGCAAUACAACUGGCCAUCUCGAGUGCGCAGUGACAAAGGACUUGAAAAUAUAGAUGUGGCAAGAGCUAUGCUGCAAGUGCGUGGUUUAAACAGGGGUAGCAUUAUCACAGGCAGUUCUGUACAUAAUCAACGUAUAGAGAGACUGUGGCGAGAGGUGAAUAGACUCGUUGUCAGUAGAUUUCGAAAUAUUUUCUUAUUCCUGGAAAAUCAUGGUGUGUUAGAUGCUACAAAUGAAGUCCACCUUUACUGCCUCCAUCUUGUGUAUAUACCACUGAUCAACAAUGCUCUGCGGGAAUUCAAAGAUCAGUGGAAUAGCCAUCCAAUAACUACUGAGGAAAACUUCAGCCCAAGACAAUUAUGGGUGCAGGGGAUGAUGCAGCACGUACACGAUGACUACACUGCUGUCCGUGCUGUUGCUAAUGGAGAAGUUGUAGACUGGGAUGAAUAUGGGAUUGAAGAAGAUGGGCCUAUACCAGAUAUUCAAGAAGGUGAUCUGGUGUCUGUACCUGAAUCAACCGUUGUACUCUCUGAUGAUCAAGUGAACACAAUUAACAAUGCAAUAGCCAGUGUUCAACAUGAUGAUCAAGGAAUAGACUCUUAUAUAGUAGCUCUUGCAACCAUAGGAACUUUUUUAACAUAUCAUAUAAAUCAGUAA